AUGAAGUUCGGACAGGAUUUCGAGGCGGCUCUCGCGCGAGGCGAGUACCCGCAAGAAUGGAUCGACUCUGCCAUCUCCUACAAAAAGCUAAAGAAGUGUAUCAAACAAGUGCAAAGAGAACUCUCGGGCCUCGGGCUCGACAAGGAAACUCUUGAUGUACUUUGGCAGCAUGUCACCUCAGGACCUGCGGAGGUCGGGGGCAAGAUUGCAGAUCGGUUGAUGCAGUACUCGAUGGACGGGAGUGGAAAAGUUAGCUUCACCCCCAAAUUAACAAUCGCCAUUGAUCCGCAUGAUGGCUCACCUAUGGACGCUUGGCUGAGUCCAGAGACUCGAAGAGUCUUACGACACCUCGCUCGAUCUUCUCGGGCCAAUGUCGACUCCGAGGACGAAGGACCAAAUGGACAACUCCAGUGUCCCAUUCCGGACGAGACCAACGGAGCAAGUUCCAAUGCUGCCCCAGACGCUCCGCCUGACGGCGAGAAUUCCCAUUCCUUAGAAGACGGAAAACAACAACUAGAGACGGUCGAAAUCCCACUCUCCUCAGACUCGGAGUUUUUCCAGAUUCUUCGACGAGAGCUUACCGAUCUGGACCGAAUACGUCGCGCUGAACAGGUCCAGCUACAGAUGGAGAUCACUCAGCUAGGCAACGAAUUGCGUGCUUUGAAAGCGUCCAAGUCGACGAGAUCAAAGAAAGAGAUUGCGGCAUGGAGGAAAAUCUUCGAACUCUACACAGAGGCGGAAAUCUUUUUAUCUUCCCAUGAAGUCGACGCCGGUGCCCGAGACGCAGACCACGCACAAAAACAGUUCCAAAAAUUUACGCAAUCUCUGGCCUCUCGGGAAAGUGAGGUGCGCAAACUAGGCCCGGAUGCAAGUGUCGCAUUGGAUCGCUUUAUUCGAAUCAAUGCCCAGCUCCUCCGAUUGAUGAAGUUUCAAGAAAUCAACAAAACCGCUUUGACCAAGAUCAUAAAGAAAUUCGACAAGCGAACGGCAUUGCGUGCGCAGGCCUCAGUUUCCAAUUCCCUAGUCAAAUCACCGUUCAUAGUAGAGGAUCUAGCUCAAGCGACCUGCUUCACCAUCUCCGAGGAGAUCUUGAACGUUAUCCCACAACUCAACGACUACCUGUGUCCAAUCUGCUUCAGCAUUUCCUAUAAACCUGUUCGACUGCGAUGUAACCAUGUCUUCUGUAUCCGAUGUCUCAUCGUAUUGCAGACCCGGGGACAGGAUCGUUGCCCUCUCUGUCGAGAAGAGGUGGUGUUGGAAGCCGACAGCCGGAAUCUUGAUAAACAGUUAAUGAAGUUCAUGAAGGCCAAUUUCAAACCCGAAGUCAAAGAAAAACAACGGUACAAUGAGAUUCAAGAAGGCAUUAAUCGAUGGGGCGCACAAUACGAGAACGCACAGAAAUGUGUGGUCAUGUAA